AUGUUUCUUGACGCCUGGAUCGACUACCUCAACAUCCACAAUGCCUUCCGCAUAACCGGCCUAAGCAUCUACGACCCCUUCGCCGUGUUUGGCUUCGUCCUCCUACUUCUCACCAUCGUCAUAGCCAUGAUUCUUCUCUGCAUCACAACCAGACGCUCUGUUGAAAGCAUCUUCGACGGCUUCCGCCAUGACCGGCAUAUGCGAGCACUGCGACGCAAUGGCCGUCGAGCAACAACCGUUGGCGACGUCUUACGCGAGCACGAAAGGCAGUCCGCGAUCCAAAGACGAGGUACGAUGGGCGUUCCACAUCGAGCUAGCUUCUUGAUACCAGCGAGCAGGUCUCCACCACCACCUGGCAGGAUCACCUUGUCAGAACGUAUGCCGUUCUGGCUAAGUCGAAAAAACAGGAAGGCGAGAAAGGCUGGCUAUGGCCUAAUCGAUCGACCUUCGCUGCAAUCCUCAUGGCCGCUUGCACCGACAUUUGGCAGGACUGCUAUAUCAGAGCCAGAGCACGUACCAUCCAGACGUUCGUCCCUGGAGACUACGCCUCCUGUGUACGAGGCUUAUCGCCAGCCACCACCACAAGUGCAUGUCGCCCUUUCGAGAGAAGCUAUGUCCCGACGAUGGUCGACGGACUUCCGGGAGGAGCUUUCGAGCGCGAGUGGGGAGACGGUCUGA